UUACAUGUGCCGCGUGCUGUAGAUAGCCUCGCACCCGCUUCCUCCUUUGGUUCCGUAGAAGGCACGGAACGAGGAGCGAUAAGAGUUUGGUCCGUCUUGUAAGAAACCACAACAUAUGAAGAGAGCAAUUGUACCAUCGUUUUUCAUCGAUACAGAUGAAACUAUUGAUGCGGAUAAAAGUAUCGUUGCCGAUGAAAGCAUGAGUCAACAAACAUCAAGGACGACUAAGGUGGYKGUACCUUCCUUUCUCGGGCAUCCGGAAAACAUUUUACCGCCCCUUUUUCUCAUCAUGACAUGCAUCAAGGUCCUUCUCUUUCCAUCAUAUAGAUCGACUGACUUUGACGUUCACCGUAAUUGGAAGGCGCUUACCCGCCAGGUAGACAUCUCGGAAUGGUAUUGGAACGACGYUAGCGGGAGGACCGUCCAUACGUUGGACUAUCCACCGGCCUUUGCCUUUUUUGAAUACAUUCUGUCCAACAAUCCAAUCACACACCUUGUCUUGCCCCAAGGAGAUCGAUGCCUCGAGCUCUUACCCGACACUGACAAUGAGCCAUCAGAGGCUUGUGUCGUCUUCCAGCGAACGAGCGUUAUCCUUGGUGACUGCAUUUUGUGGAUCGGCUCCUAUUUCGCUUGCUGGGCAUACCAUUACAAAAUGCCUGUCCAGCUUACUGUGUCGUCGUUUUUGUUGAUCGUCUUGAACCCCGCUCUACUGUGGUUGGACCAUAUUCAUUUUCAAUACAACGGAAUGAUGAUUGGCGUAUUGAUGUCUUCUUUGGGAUGUUUCAUGAUGGGAAACAAUGUUUUUGUCGAUCAAGCCRCGAAACAACCGAUCGAAUAYGACCUCUACCACUUGGCAGGGGCAGCUAUUUUUGCCUUGUUAAUCAAUCUGAAGCAUUUAUACCUACCAUUGGGCCCUUUGUUUUUCUGCUACUUGUUGGAACGAUAUUGUCUKACGACUGAAAUUCCGCCUGGUAAAAAAAGGAAGCAAUUUCUCCCCGGAAAAUUUCUGUUGCUGGCUCUGGUUACGGGGAGCGUUUUGGUGUUGCCUUGGAUACCUUUUUUGAAGAACCAAAAGAAUCCCAAGUUGCAGGUGAUACAAAUUUUUAAGCGUCUUUUCCCUUUCGGUCGAGGAUUAGUGCACGAUUACUGGGCUGGUAACGUCUGGGCUAUAUACACCUUUGCAAACCGCAUCUUACUGGCUAYGAUCCGUCGCUUGGUUCCCUUACUAAUGCCAAUUAUGCCAGAAAUUGCUACUUUUCUCGAAGGAUUGUACCUUCCAGAACCUUCGCCUCUCGUUUGCGCUCUACUACUGGUGUUAGCUAUUAUCCCUGGCCUCCAAAUGGCCUCGCUUCGGUUGACGAACAAGAAACUAAUCGAGGCUGUUGUUUACGUUUCCUUCAGUUCAUUCAUGUUGGCCUACCACGUUCAUGAAAAGGCCAUACUUACGACACUCAUGCCCUUGACGAUACUUGUCGAGCCAAGUUCUCGUGUGGAGUAUCACAACUUGCUCUUUUGGCAAAGUUCUAUUUGGGGAUUGCUGGGCCUAUUUCCUCUCUUGUUUCGCCCUGUCGAAUUGGUGUUCAAGCUUGGUUCAUUUUUGUGCUACAUGGGGCUAACGUCCUAUUUGUUGAAAACUCCCCCACCAUGGAUGCAGGAUAGGCAACACGAUGCACUUGCAGUAGUUUCAUUCGUCAUUCUAUUGUUGGAGUGUGUUCCAAUCCAAGGUAAAUGGGAGUUUUUCCCCCUCAUGGCAACAUCUGUCGCUUGCGCGUUCGGCCUUUUGGGGUGUUGGGCGAUGACGCUUUGGCUCCUCAUAAGGGAUGAAAGGAAAUGAACUACUGCUUUAUUGGCAAAGAUUCCAGAGAGUAUAAGGGGUUUCAAAGAAGUUUUCUUAGCUUAAAUUUUAAUGAAAURCAGUGUUUUCCAACAUCAGCUGUAACCGAAUAAAAUUUGUAAGAAAUACGGUGGUUCCAUUGGAAAUCUCGACCUCGGCACUUAGGACAAAACCAAUCUUCUUUAGGGACUUCACYYAAACCAACACAUCCAGCGUGGUACGGAUUCUYACAACCAUCAUAAAUCAUCAAURUGCCACCCUCUGCACAAACAAGACAUUUAUCGUCGUCUCAAUUUUGAGCACUUCGGACAGAACCAGUCCUCUUUAGGAAUAUUACGGAGACCGACGCAUUCCAGAUGGUAUGGGUUUUCACAGGCAUCACAGAUGAUCAACUUCCCUCCAUCAUUGCAAACAACACAUGUAUCAUUAUCUUCGUYAUUCUCAUUGCAAUCCGUACAGUACCAGAGACCUUGCGGGACGUCAUCCAGAUUCACACAUUCCAWGUGGUAUGKCUUAUCACAACYGUCGCAAACAAUCAAAUCGCCUCCAUCGCCACAAAGAUAACACUCAUYAGCAAYACCGUCAUCUAUGCUUGAUUCCACCGAAAGUUUCUUGUUUGAUGAUUUUUUCUUGACUUGAGUAGUAGAUGUCGUGUUGGCAAGCUCUAUUUCACCCUUGGCUAUUGCUGCGUUUUUCACGAUUCUUUUCCAACUACUUACUUUAGCAGCUGCACCACUGCCUUUUAAAGGCUUUUGCCGUAUUUUCCUACGGUAGUCACAAUACGUGUCAGCAAUGUAGCCUGUAGAAAAAGAUAGAAAAGCUUUCGGUGUGGUGACAUCAAUUGUUUUCAGGAAUGAGAUUGCCUCUUCAGGGAGMGCGCAGAAAAUCUCAAGUUCGACAUCGUUCCUAGUUUUGACGGGUCGUGGUAMASCAAUUGGGACAYCAUUUUCUGAGUCAGAGCCAUUUGAGUCGGUGUCGUUGAUGUCAUCAUCUAMUUCCCUCAAAUCACCCGCUCGGUAUGUUUUGGAUCGACGGGGUCUGACUGAAUGGUUUGGUUGGGUUAUCUGUUCCUUUGUAUGGUCUGCUGUCUUCAUCUUAUCUUUCGAUUUUUGCCUUCUCUUCAGUGUGUCGCUGCCGCCACCCACUUUCUUUACAUCAAACGAGCCGGCAGCUUUYUGUCCUCUCUUUCGUAACAUUGCUCUCUUGUUACUGGCUCUGUCUUCUACGUUCAAUUCUAUAUCGAUGCCUCGCCCCGUGUCAUYUUGUGGUUUUGAGCCAAUGUCUAAUCUAG